GAACCUGUCGCGAUCAUCUAUCAUGUCCAGUUCCCAAUUCCCAGCUCAAUCGGCGUCUCCUCUCGGUAAACUUGGUGUCGAGGCUGCCCUAGAGGCUGCUGCAGACCCAUCCAUCACACCAAAGCCCAAGAUCUUCGAUGAGUUCGCGCUAACCGACCGCGUUGGGCUUGUCUCCGGCGGAAAUAGGGGCCUUGGCUUGGAGAUGGCUCUUGCAUGUUGCGAGGCUGGUGCACGUGUCGUAUAUUGCUUCUAUCUUCCAGAAGAGCCAUCAGAUGAAUGGAUCGCAAGCAGAGAUUACGUCGUGAAGCUAGGGAAUAACUCGCGGCUGGAGUAUUUCAGCGAGACCGUCACUGAUCAGCAGGCGCUUUGGAAAAAGACAGAGGAGAUUGGUGAUAAAGAGGGAAGAAUGGACUUUUGCAUCGCUGCGGCUGGUAUUCUUAGGUCACCCAUAGACUGUCUGGAAUACCCGGCAGAGGAGUACAGAGAGGUCCUGGAUGUCAACGCCAGUGGUGUCCUCUUCACUGCGCAGGCUGCUGGUAGACAGAUGUCGCGAUUCGGAUGCGGUGGCAGUAUUAUUCUUAUCGCAUCAAUGUCGGGCAGUGUCACUAACAGGGGCCACGCCUGGGUAUCGUACAACACCUCCAAAUCAGCUGUCCUGCAGAUGGCUCGCAGCAUGGCUUGCGAGCUUGGCGAAAAGAAGAUUCGCGUCAACUCGUUGUCUCCAGGAUAUAUGUACACCAGGUUUUUGCGCGGUGUAGUGACGUGGUUGGUAUCUGAUGCAUCGACAUUCUGUACGGGUAGCGAUAUUGUCGUCAGCGGUGGUCUUCACUCCUGGUAAUGGAGCACUCGAGGAGGAAGGG